AUGAGUGGUACUGAAUUAGUGAUCGCUGUGCAACCUCAGUCUGCUAUACUGGAUCUAGGCCCUGAUAGCCGUAGAAUGACGCAGCAACUUCAAUAUAUGGAGGAUGACUCAGCAAAUGGGAGGUGGCCGGGACGAGAGCUCGCACCUGUUGACCGAGGACCAGCGGCAUGGAGGCUGCUCGGCGCUGCAUUUGUGUUUGAGACAUUAUUAUGGGGUGAAUUUCUCUACCUAAAGUAUUUGGAUCCAGUCAAGACAGCACUAAUGAAAAAUGAAUUUGCCAGUAACCGCUAUAUUUCAGUCGUCGGGACUGUUGCAUCAGGCUUCGGCUAUCUCGGAGCACCGUUUAUUAUGCCUUUCAUUCAGCGCUAUCAAAGAUGGCGCCGUCAAAUGAUUUGGAUUGGAUGGCCAAUCUGUCUUAUUGGGCUUGCUCUUGGAUCUUUCGCAUCCACCUUGGAAAUGCUUAUCCUUACACAAGGAGUUGCUUAUGGUCUUGGCUUCCUUAUCUUCUAUUACCCCAUCCUCAGUAUGGUCAAUGAGUAUUGGAUCGCACGACGAGGCAUGGCUUAUGGUGUGCUGUGCGGUGCCUCGGGCGUGUCCGGCGCCUUUAUGCCGUUCGUCCUCCAAGCAUUAUUAGCCAGAUACGGCUAUAAAACAACGCUUCGCGCAGUAGCACUGGCUUUGGCAUUACUGACGGGUCCUCUAAUACCCUUCCUCAAGGGCCGUUUGCCGCCUCCAGAGCGAUCAAGUAUUCCCAAAAUCAACUGGGAAUUUCUCCAGAACCCAGUAUUCUGGCUAUAUUCGACUUCAAACCUUUUACAGGGAUUCGGGUACUUUUUCCCGGCUUUGUACCUGCCUUCUUAUGCCUCCGCCCUAGAUCUUGGCAGCAAGACUGGCGCACUCAUCUUGGCACUAAUGAGCGUCUCUCAAGUCGGUGGCCAGUUUAUUUUCGGCCUCCUUUCUGACCGCAAGGUACCGCUUGACGUUCUGGCUUGUUUAUCAACUGUAGUGGCAGCGCUUGCUUGUCUUUGCAUGUGGAGACUGGCCACGUCGCUCCCACUUUUAAUCGCCUUUGCUAUUAUAUACGGGUUCUUCGGCGCCGGAUUCACUGCCAUCUGGGCGAGAAUGAGCACGACUAUAACGGGAGACGUGACAGCAGGACCAAUUGUCUUCACGUUGCUUAACUUCGGUAAAGGUAUCGGAAAUGUGCUAGCCGGACCCAUUGGAGGACUUUUAGUUUCCAAUGCAAAGUCUUCCGAUGUUUCAUCAUCGUCAAAUUAUCACUGGAUUAUCAUCUUCAUAGGCGUUUGCAUGUUUGCCAGCGCUUGUACGGUAUGCUCCAAAUAUUUGAAGCAUCUUUGGAUUCUGGUCGUUUUAUAG